ACUGUCCAGACGUCGCUUCCAAGGUCCCUGCCAGGGACAGGCCCGGUUCCAAGAGCCGUUCUUCUCAGGGAACCUCAGCGCUCUGGCAGCCAAGCCCUGGCGCCCAGGGGACAUUUUCCUGCACAAUCUGGAGGCGCUGCACCCGCCUCGCAAUCUCCAGAAAGUCAGUGUUGCAAACGCACUCGACGGCGCGAACCGCAGCUGCGCACUAUGCCGGGAUGGAGCCCGAGGCCACCGGGCGCGCCGAGAAGACGUUCAGCUACGUGGUCAGAGCCCCCGGCGGCGACGGGGUGGACGUGAUGAACGUGGACGUGAAGAUCGACACGACCUGGGUCUUCCAGGACGCGGAGGACAGCGGCGAGGAGCCGGGAUGGCGCCCGGAGGGAGCAGCCCUCGGGACCCCCGACCUGGACACGGGGACGCUCCGGAGGCAGCUGGAGUCCUCUGAGCAGAAGCUGCUGGCAGCGGUGGACAAGUACGUGAGGUCGGAGUCUGGGCUCAGGAGCAGAAUCCAGGAGCUGGAGCUGUCGGAGCAGAAGCUCCUGCGGAAGGUGGACCAGCUGAGCGCCCGCGUGUGCCAGGAAAGGAGCGCCUCCCGCCGGGCCCAGGAGCAGCUGGAGGCGCUGCAGGGGGAGCUCGCCUGCCAGGACGCCUGGGGCCGUGUCCAGGACGAGUGGCUGCUCCUGCCCUGGGAGGAGGCGCUGGAGGCCUGCGGACGCCCAGGCUGGCAGACACCUCCCCACCCCGACGGGGCCCCGGGACCACACACCUCCGCAGGCCCGCCCGCCGAGGGGCCCUGCGUCGAGGCUGGACGAGGCCCCUUGGAGCUGGUGCCCGGCCUGGAGACGGCAGCUGGGCUCCUGGGAGAGCUGGUGGCUGCUGACCGUGGACGGCCUGCUCCGGCUGAGCCCGCCCUGCACGGACAGACUCUCCUCCUGCUCUGUGGCUGCCCCUCGGGGCAGAGCGCCGACACCUCCCUCCUCCCCGAGGAGCUGGCCUGGAUCUCCAUGCAGAGGCCAGCAGCCGCCCCGGCCCAGGAGUCCCUCCUCCUGGUGCAGACGUCCGUGCUCCCUCCCUGGGGGCCUGUCGGUGGCCCCGCUGCCCUGCUGCUCCAGGCGGUGUUUCCAGAAGAGCCCCAAAUCCAACAGGGGCUGGACGUCGGGCCCCUGCCUGCUCCCCGAGCCAUGGACCACCCCCCAACAAGGAGCCACGGUGCCCCCCUCUGCUGGGAGGCCCCACAGAUUCCCCACCGCCGCUUUCCUGGGCCAGGGCCAGGCCAUCUGAGCGGCCCUGGGGAGGCGGGGGGAGGAGCCCCGGAGUGGAGAGCGGAGGCGCGGGGGGCGAGGAGGACGCGGGGCAGGAAGGAGGAGGACCUCGGGGACGGGUGCUGGCGGCGGGAAAGCCAGGAGGACCCCAGCUUGGAGGACGGUGCUGGCGCCCUAGGAGGCCUGCAGAACACACGCGGGGCUUCCGGACCCCAGGCCGCCGCCUCCUGCCCUCGGCCCAGGCAGAUCCUCCCUGUGCCUCUUCCGCAGGGGGAGGCCUCCCUGUCCACGGAGGGUCCCUCGUCCCUGGACAGGAGGCGGCGGGCGGAAGGGCACGUGUGGGGCCUCCUGGGAGGGUUCCCAUCGGAGGAGGAGGAGGAGGAAGAGGCCUCCGCAGCCGCCUCCUUCCGGGCUCCCGGUGCCAAAGGGCCGUCUCCACCCGGCGCUCAGCUCCUCCUCCUCGCGGAGGACGGGGCCCCCAGGAGCCCCCAGGGCCACGAGGACAGCGCUGCGUGGACUGCACCUGCCCUGCUGCUGCUGGAGGAACCACCCGGGGAUGGGGGGCCUGGGCAGGAGGAGAAGCCGCUGUGUCUGGAAGGGUCCGGCGUGGGCUCCCAGGAGUGGGAGGAGGAGGGCACCCUCUUCCUGGUGGGAGAGGGUGGUUUGCUGCUGUCCCCCACAUGGGCCUUCCCGCCCGAGGGAGCCCAACCCACCAGGCCCCCCAGGCCCCCACGUGAAGGACAGGGCGGGCCUGCGCUCACGAUAGACGCAUUCGCAGAGGAGAUGGAGGCCUGCUUCCAGCAGCUGGCGGCCCUGCGGCGGGGGAGCGGGGGGCGGGGGCGCGAGGCGUCCCCACUGGCAGGGGUUUUGGAGACGUGUCCUGCGAGGGAAGCAGGCCCCAAGGAGAGUUGUGAAGACGUUAGGCCGGGAGAGACCGAGGCCCUGGGAACCGGCCAAGUUCUCCCAGGGGUGGGGCCUGAUUUGGGGGAUCUGUGCCCCGGCCCAGGGGGGCCCUCGGAGCUGGGCCAGAGCCCCCGUCCGCCGCCAAGAGCCCUGGAGAGAGCCAGGAGGCGGCUUCGUCAGCUCGUCUCCGGACUGAAGGAGGAGAGAAGCCGAGUUUUACACGACAACGUCCGGCUUCAGCGAGACCAAGAGAGAUGCCAUCGAAAGAUCCGGGCCCUCCGGACGCAGAGCGAGCGGCAGGCGAGCAAAGUGUCGGGGCUCGAGCGGGAGCGGGGCGACAUCUCCCGCCUGCGGAGGGAGCUGGACCAGUACCUGCAGCUCAUCGCCGACCUGGAAGACUGCAACGCGAGGAGCUACCGCAAGAUCUCCGAGCUGGAGGCGGAGAACGAAAGCCUGCGCCGGGGUCUGGGCCGGCUGCAGACGGCCGUGUCCGCGGACGCCCGGCGCUGCCGCGGCCUCAUGCAGGGCGCCGUCCAGGAGAACCGGGAGCUCAAGGCGCUGAUCUCGGAGCUCGGGCUGGGCUACAGAGAGCUGGUCAAGGACGUGGUGCUGGGAAUAGAGGACAUGAUCGGGGCCCUUCGCGGGGAGAACGCGCACCUUCUGCGCAGGAUCCGGGUCCUGGAGAGGGAGGUCGCCCUGGGGGUGAGCUCAGAGGCGGGGCAUCUGGGGGGAGCAGAGCAGCGCCCCCAGGGAGAAAGCCAGGAGGCGGUGGACAAGGUGGGGGCUGUGGACAAGGUGGGGACUGUAGAAAGGGCGGUGCAGGUGAGUCCGCCGUCAGAGCCGCUGACUGCGGGAGUCCACGGGCCGCCCUGGGAGGAGGACCCGGGUCUUCCCGGAGAGAGGAUGGGCCCUUCCUUGGGCACAGAGGGUCCCAGGUGCGGAGCCAGGGCGGCCACUCCGUCGCCGGCCGGGAGAAGGGCUGAUGUGUCCGGUGCCCUGCGAGGAGACGUCCACGGGACGGGAGUGAAAGAGGCACAGCUGGGGAGAGAGGAGGAAGGACCACGGCAUUCUGCAGCCCCAGGGCCGGCGCUCAGGCCCCUGGGCAGCGGCCACCAGCCCCAGGACGCCGAGGCCGAAGCCGAGACCCCGGAGGACGACCUCAGGCUGCGCGUCCGGCGGCUCCGCCACCAGGUGCUGACCCUGCAGUGCCAGCUCAGGGACCAGGCGUCCGCGGGCCGGCAGCUGCAGGCGGCCCGCGACCAGGCCCUCCGUCGCCGGGACCAGCUCCAGGGCCAGGUGGACGAACUUCAGAUAAAGCAACAUGAGGCAGUCUUGGCUGUGACCCCUUUGAAGGCCAAGCUGGCCUCCCUGGUCCAGAAGUGCCGGGACAGGAACCACCUGCUCACGCGCCUGCUGCGGGAGCUGUGCCGCCACGGGCCGGCCGAUCGCCUGCUCUGCCAGACGGUGCGCAGCAUGGUGGACGACGUGGCGCUGGCCGAGUACACAGCCACCUUCCUGGCUCCCGGGGCCCCAGAGACCAGCCGCCACCCGGCCCUGGAGCAGGAGACGUUGGCGGCUGUGACAGCUCAAAACUCUCUCCUGAACCCUGAAGUGGACAGCGCCCUCCCAAGACCGUGGCGUCCUGAGCCCUGGCCCGUGACUGAGGCGGAGUGGCCAGCACUGACAGCGCGACUGGAUCCUCUGGAGCCUCCCCAGCCUCCGGGGCCGACGCCUGAUCCUGGACCUCGCCCGGCCGUGACCAAUGAGGCACCGGGACUCCCAGCGCAGCGUCUGCAGGAGAGAGGCGGGGUGUCCUGCGCUGCCCCCCAGGCCGCCGCCCCCCCGCCCUCUGAGCUGCGGAGCCCCGCCCGGAUCCUGGCCUUCCACCGGGAGCUCGGCCGGAGUGUCCGCGGCUGCCCCCGGGUCACCGAGUCUCCGCUGGAGCUGGAGCCCUCGCCGCCACUCCGGCCGCCCCGCGGGCUGUGAGUGUGGGAUGCGGAGCCCUCCCAGGCACCGUGAGAGAUCGCAGCCUCGGAGCCUGGCUCGGCGGCCAGUGGUCCUGCCUGGGCAGCCUGUGGUGGUUGUCAGAGCUCAAGGGGACCCCCUGACGGGCCUUGCAAAUUCGGAGCAGCUUGGCUUUGGCCAACGCGGGGCAGCAAAAGGGGUGCUGACUGGACCCAAACCCACCCAGUGACUGGCCCGGGGCCUCAGUCUGGGCCUGACUCUGUCCCCCCCGGAGGCAGACUUGGCAAUGUCCGGAGACGUUUGUGUUGUCACAACCAGGAAGCUGCUCCUGGCAUCUAAUGGGAAGAAGCCAAAGAUGCUGCUGAGUAUCCCACAAUGCACGGCGGCCCCCGGACAGAGCAGCCUCUCCCGCGUGUCGGCAGAGCUGGGCCAGGAGGCCCCGGGCUGGUCUCACGGCGCCUAACACCGUCCGCCCUGAGGACUUUUUGUUACUUUCCUGCCCCUGGGACCUCUCCCCCAGAUUGCAAGAGAUUUUUGUCUACCAGAUGAAAGGCUUGAUUGAAGUAAUUCUAUAUUUUACAUUUUAAAACAAU